GAGUGGGUGGGCCACGGCCCGGUGAAGCAUUGCAUCCACGCCGCGUGGCAGGUGAGCCAGGCGUGGCUGCACGUCCACACGAUCUGCGCCGAGGGCGGCGUCGACGGAAUGCACUCGACCGCCGACUUCGCCUGGUGCGGCGUCAUGAACGAGGAAGGGGAGGCCGACGCGCUGGGAGCGCAGGUCCAGGAGUGGAUAUUGAAGGGCGCGCAGCCUCCUCCGCGGCCGUCUGAGUUCUGCAAGGAGCGGCCGGCCCUGGCGGACUGCUUCAGGAGUCCGGAGCCGCCUGGCAUCCAGGUGGGCGCGGCAUUCCUGUCCAUCCAGGCGGAGCAGGUCCCCGGGCCAGCCGCCGAGCCCGCGUCCGCUCCAGCGGACGAGGCCUCCGAGAUCACCGUCACUCUGACGAAGACUGGCGACCAGAAGCUCGGCCUCGACAUCCACACCGGAUCUCUCACGCCUCGGGCAACAAGGCGUUGA